AAGAACUUCAGAUAGCGUUCAUGUUACUCAUUUUCUCACCGCAAAUCUUGUCACUUUUCAAGUUUGUUCCAAAUCCUACCAUUCACUGUUCAUGACACCCCAAGCCUCUGACGAGAAUCAACGUGCUGGCUUUGUAAAGUCCGGUCGCGUUUUUGAAUUCUACGAAGAAUAUCCCGUUGGCGAACGACCCCCACGCUGUGGCAGCUGGUCACCUACUCACAAACGCAAAGUUCCAUUGUAUUUUCUUGGGUGGAAAAUGAAAGAUGAAGACGUCCUGAAGAUCGAUCCAGAAGGAAAAUAUUACUGCAAGUAUGACCAUGCUACACAUAUUCUUGAAUUCGGGAUACAAGAUAUUUGGGAGAGCAACGAUUAUCACACAACCUUUGGUACUAUCUCCAUCCCUCAAACCACAGUGACGUGGCUCGACAGCAAAGCUGCAAGUUUCAUAUAUUUCUGCGCCAACCUUCCAGGUGAAGCACCCCUCACGAGGACCCUGAUCGAUACCGUUAAAGAGGUCUUACAUGUUACCGAGGACCCCGUUUGGAUACUAAACAGAGCGCUCACCAAAGACGAUCCUUGGGAGAAUCGGCAUACUCGGGCUGAGCACUGAGCACGAGCCUCGGCCUUGGGCCAUUGGCAGAUCUUUGCAGUGUUGUCAUUUCUAGUCGAACGAUGACUUUCAGUACUCCUAUUGCAUAGUAUCUUUCUGAUCAAUUGACCCUGUCGAGUCUGUACGAAGUCUGUAACCUUCCGUUAUGAGCCAUCCAAUACUACUUUGCCCUCGCACGACC